AAUGCUCCGUUGAAGAAAGUGAAAAGCAACGAAACUAAAAACGUCAAACAUUUAAAUUAUGCUAUCGUGUAAAGAAGUAAUUAAGGGUAGAAAAUGCUAAGACUUGACUAUUUUGUAUGAGUUGUCACAAAACCACUGCUUUGGUUACAGAAUGAACUCGUUCGCGUUUGUAAAUAAAUCAAAAUUAUCCAAUGGAAUAUUGAAAUUGACAAUUGUUUUUGGAGUGUUGAUGUACGUGUUGAAUGCAUUCGAAUUGGACGAAGUGCAGAAUACAACAAAUCCAGUGGAAAAAACAACGUACGCUUCACAUUAUCACAUUCAUCGCAAUGAUGGUCAAACAUGUAUUCUCAUUGAAACCAUUGGGAUGUUUAACAUUACCUAUCGUACUGCAUCAGAUGAAGAUGCAACCGUUAGCAUUCCAUUACCAAAUGACGUUGAUCGCAUCUUUGGAGAUUGUUCGAUUGAAAAUUGGGCGAGUUUAUCAUUGAAAUUUUCCGGAUUUACGCUUGAUAUGAAAUUUAAAAAAACAACAGACAGCGAAGAAUGGUAUAUUAAUACGAUCCAUCUCAUUUACUCCACGUCGAAUCCCGUAUUCAAACAAUCAGAUCAUCCUAACAAUAUGCAUGUGAUAUUGUCAUCGGAUUACAAUACCAUUUUAUUCCUCACUCCACUUAGAUCGUACGAGCUACAUGGCGACGUUUAUGUAUGCAACGAUUGCAACAUUAUUUUAUAUACGAGGGAUGUACACGAUCGAGCUCAGCAUAAAGCAAUUCUAAGCUUACGUCAAUUUCGUUUUAGUUUCUUGGAACUAUUACAUGAACACAAGCCUAUACCAUAUACACAUAUAGUGGGAGCAUUAGCUGCAGUUGCAUUUGUCAUGUUUUGUAUUGUUUGCCUGUUUUUCGUGCAUGAGCAAAAAGUCACUUCGGAAAAUAUUUAAAAUAAAUUACAAUCAAAUAAUUUAACAUUUUUUUCUCAACCGUUAUGCAUCUUGCGAAACUAGAAUUGGACCUUUAAUAUUACCAUAAUUAUUGGACUUCUUUAUGUCUGUAUUUAGUUUGAACUGACUUUUAGAGAUUGUUGUUUACAUUUUUCCGUGAAAAUAUUGAGAAAAAAAAAACGACAGACAUGAAGUCAAUUUUAUUUUUUAUCUUUUUUUAUUGAAAAUUUCUUCGUCUCAAGCGAAUUGGUCGGUGUGAACAUGUAUGUAUAUGUACAGCCCACCGAAUAUUUUUAUUCAAUAUAAUACAGCCGGCCACCAACACAUCUUUCAUAUUUCAAUACACAGCAUUAUCGUUCUUCAUAUUUUGCACAAGCGUUUAUUGCCGUUGACA